UCAGGGAGUGAAUGUACCUGUACCAUGUACUGCACCGUGUCUCCCGGCACAAGGCCUUAGCCCUCCUCUACAAUCUAUGCCAGUUACAACUAUCAAAGAAGAAGUAUUCAGAGAUUACUUAUUAGAGCUGAUUUUGUUGGCGGAGAAAACUGAUCCGAGCGAUCGUCAACUGAAGAGUUUGGCGGAGCAUGCUGCGGAUUUAGAACACAUUCCUGUCGUAGACAUCAAUACCAAUAUAGCAGCAAAAUCAACACGGAAGAUGGUGGCCGGUGCGGUGUCAGGGUUGUUCGGAGUAGCGGCAGACACGCCUGCGCCCGAUGCCGGCUGGCGCAGGGAACGACAAGAGCAGAGCGAUAGUGACCCUAUUUCAGAGUCCGUUCUGUUGGGUCGUGCAUCCCGCGCGAGACGAGCACGCUCGGCGUCGCGACGCGCU